UUAAGUGUUUACUGCUCCCGGAAAUGGAAAACGAAAUCUUAGAGGAGUUCCUAAAUGUAGAUGUGGAGCUUCAAGAAGUGCAAGAUCAGAUAAAGAGAUUGCUUGAUCGACAAGAGAAGUUGUAUGAGAGGCAAUCUGAACUGAAGGCCCUGUUGGAAGAAGUUAAAACAUCAUCAAGCCCUUCCCAUAUCAGUGCUCCGGUUGCUUUACAGAAUUGGUCAGGGGAAUUUGAGUGGGAUUCACGAGCUGAUGAUGUUAGGUUUAAUGUUUUUGGCAUCCCUGCAUAUCGUGCAAAUCAGCGGGAGAUCAUAAAUGCAGUCAUGAGUGGAAGAGAUGUUCUGGUUAUAAUGGCUGCAGGUGGUGGCAAGAGCCUCUGUUACCAACUUCCUGCAAUUCUCCGUGAUGGAGUUGCUCUUGUUGUCAGUCCUUUGCUAUCUUUAAUUUACGACCAGGUGAUGGGGUUGACUGCUUUAAGCAUCCCAGCAUACAUGUUGACAUCAACUACAAACAAGGAAGAUGAAAGGUUCAUAUACAAGGCCAUUGAAAAAGGAGAAGGAGAGCUUAAGAUACUUUAUGUCACACCAGAAAAGAUAUCAAAAAGCAAGAGAUUUAUGUCAAAACUUGAGAAGUGCCAUGAUUCUGGUCGCCUAUCCCUUAUUUCAAUUGAUGAGGCUCAUUGCUGUAGCCAGUGGGGUCAUGAUUUUCGUCCCGACUACAAGAACCUUGGUAUCUUGAAGAUUCAGUUUCCUAAUGUUCCGUUGGUUGCUUUGACUGCAACUGCAACAAAGAGGGUCCAAACAGAUCUGAUUGAAAUGCUGCACAUCCCAAAAUGCAUUAAAUUUGUCAGCACAGUCAACAGGCCUAAUCUGUUUUAUACGGUGCGGGAUAAGUCUUCUGCUGGGAAGGUGGUCAUUGAUGCAAUUGCAGAAUUUAUCAGAAGUUCAUAUCCAAAUAAUGAAUCUGGGAUAGUUUAUUGCUUCUCCAGAAAGGAAAGUGAACAGGUUGCAGAUGAGUUAUUUCAACGGGGAAUUUCAGCCGGUUACUAUCAUGCAGAUAUGGAUGUUGAUGCUCGUGCAAAAGUUCAUAUGCGGUGGAGUGAUAACAAGUUGCAGGUUAUAGUGUGUACGGUGGCCUUUGGUAUGGGAAUCAACAAGCCUGAUGUCAGGUUUGUCAUCCAUCACAGCUUAAGUAAAUCUAUGGAGGCUUACUAUCAGGAAAGUGGUCGGGCUGGACGAGAUGGGCUUCCUUCUGAUUGCCUACUCUAUUUUAGGCCCGGUGAUGUUCCUCGGCAGAGUUCGAUGGUCUUUUAUGAGAAAUCUGGAUUGCAAAAUCUGUAUGACAUGGUGCGGUAUUGCCAGUCUAAACGAGAAUGCCGUCGGAGUUCUUUUUUCUGUCAUUUUGCUGAGCCUUUACAGGACUGCAAUGGGAUGUGCGACAAUUGUGCUUAUGAACGUGAACUCAAGGAAGUGGAUGUCACUAGUUAUGCAAAAGUUCUAGUUUCUCUAUUGUGUGACAUAAAGAACAAUGAGCAGAGGGUGACAAUGUUGCAGCUGGUGGACAAGGUCAAGGUCAAGCAUAAGGAAUUAGGUUCUGAUUUAAAGAGAGAGGAAAUAGAGCAGCUCAUUGUUCAGCUUAUAUUAGAUCGUGUUUUGGAAGAAGAAUAUCAGCAUACAGCUUAUUCUACAAAUGCUUAUGUAACAACUGGACCACUUUGGAAGCAAAUAUUGGAAGGAAAGAAAACAAUUAUGCUUGAUAUUUCUGGCGCACAGAGAAGUAAAGCCGGCACCAUGAAAUCAGCCAAAUGCAGUAUAUCAUCAUCAGGUGUGGAGAUUAAGCUUGAUGACCUUCGGAAGGAACUCUCUUCUGUCCAUGGGGGAAUAUUCCCUCAUGCAGUUUUGUCCACUCAACAGAUCAGUAUGUUGAGUUCCCAAAGACCGACUACCAUUGAACAGUUGAAGAAGAUAAUUGGGAAUUUGAAAACCGAGAAAUAUGGGACUAGAAUUCUUGAACAAAUUAAGCAAUAUAUUGAGUCAGAGCAGCCUGACGGUGAAUCACCAUGUGAAGAAGCCAGUAGAAAUAGAGCUAAGCAGUUGAAGACCAAAAUGUCUGAGCAGCUUGAUGGUGAAUCACCACUGUACGAAGAAGGCAGUAAGAAAAGGGUUAUGCAGUUGAAGACCAAAAGGUCUGACCAACCUAAUAGUGAAUCACCGAAUGAAGAGGGAACUGGAAACAGAGCUAAGAAGUUGAAGAGCAAAAGGUGCAUGGUUAUUGUUGACAGCACUGAUGAUGAAGGAUAAUGGUACU